UUUCAGCCAAACUUCAAAAUGGCUCCAUUGCCACGUGUGAAAUGUUAUUUCGAUGUGGUCUGUCCCAAUUCAUGGAUCACUAUUCAGGCUCUUACAUCACACAAUUCUCUAUUCGAGCGUAUAGAUUUUGAGCCAGUUUGUGAUUUUAAAAUUGGAAUUCUUCAUAAUGCUCAAAUCUGGAACCAACGUCGACAAGUACACAAUUCGAGACUUUGGAAAACGAAAAUAGAAGUUCCAGAGCAAGCAGAAAGCGAAGAAACACUCUCAGAAAUGGGAAUUCUACAAAAAAUCGACGAGCGUGGCAAGAAACUUAUUGGUUGUGAGCGUGUCGUGCCACCUGUAGAUUGGAAAAACACCUACAAAACAGCGGUAGCACGUGGAUCGGUCAUCCCUCAGCUGUUCCUCACUUCAAUCCGUGAACAAUACCCAGACCUCUAUGAAAAAGCAAUUCAUCACUUGGGAAAACGGCUCUGGGAGCAGCGACUUCCAGUUCACUACGGGUGUCACAUGUCUACAGUAUGCCGUGAACUUGGAAUCUCAUUCAAAAUCGCAGAAGACAUUGUGGCUCGUCUCUCAUCUCCAGAAAAUCGAUCGAUACUACACAAAAAUUGCAAAGAAGCCGUGGAUUUCAAACUUACUGAAGCACCCGGAUUAAUCUUGUUAACUGAUGAAGGAGACACUAUAAAAGUUGAUAAAAUCAAUGAUAUUUUUGAUGAUAAUAUCAUGAUUUCCAAGCUCUCAAGUGUAUCAUCAAGCCAACCAGUCGAGCAAAAAAUGUCUGCAAAUCGACUUUAAAUUUAGUUUUUUUGUUUCCAAUUCUUCCUUCCUCACCCACCUUUUUCUUCAUAUUUACCCACUUUUAUUGCACUUUACUCGCAUCAGUUUAGUCUUUUUUUUUCCCAAAUCCUGUACCCUCUACGGUGAUUAUAAUCAAUUCGAUCAAAUUCAUUGUGUUAUCCUCCGGUUCAAUUUAUUCCACCCAUCUCCAAUUUAGUAUAUUUCCUUUCUCUGUUACCAAAUGAUUGCAUAAAUAGACAUAUUUU